AUGUUAAUGGCUCAGUUUACAUCAACAUUUAUGAGAUUAAGUCGAUUGUCAGAUCAGGUAUGGAAAUUUCAACGAUAUCAUACAAUUCUUCAAUAUGAACAAAAACCAUUAUUAGCACCACCAUUAAUCAUAUUUUCUCAUAUAUUUCUUUUAAUAAAAACAAUUUAUCGUAUAUGUCGUCAUCGUAAACGUACAUUUAAUCGUGGUUUAAAAUUAUUUUUAAGUGCCAAAGAAAUUGAAAAAUUACGUGAUUUCGAAGAAGAAUGUGUACAUGAAUAUCUUUUAGCUAAAGAAGAUAAAGAAAAAAGUACUGUUGAAGAACGUAUGUUAACAACAUCAGAAAGAGUUUCACAUAUGUUAACACGUGUUGAAACAUUAAAACGAAAUAGUACUCAACAAACAAGUUGUUUUCAAAAUUUUGAUGAACGUUUACAACGUCUAGAAGAUAUGCAAGCAUCAACAUUACAAUUACUUAAUGUUCUUGUACAAAACAUGCAAACACCAUCCAAUGAUCAAACAACAUUAAUUGAUAAUGCUUCAACAAAAUCAUCGGAUAAGAAAUUAAAAGAAACUGAUGAUGAUGAAAUAUUAAAUUUUACAGCUGUAUCAUCACCUGAUGAUGUUAAAUUCCCUAUAUCAUCUUUAUUAUCAUCGGGUACAAAUCGAGCUAUGCGUUCAUCCAGUCUUACAAGUCGAAAAGUAACAAAUCCUCUUCCGAUACCAAAUUCAGUUCCACCACAAAUUAUUGUUGGACCAUAUUCAGAAUUUCUAUCAAUUAAAAGUUCAGGUGCAUCGACAUUACCAGCUAAUGAUGAACUUUUAGGUAUUGGAACAACAACACUUAGUACAUCAUCAACAUCAGUAAAUGUUAUUGAUGAUACAAGUCAUCCAGGUUUAUAUGAAGCUGAAGAAACAGAACAUAAUAUAUAUGGAAAAUUAAUUAAAGAGCGUUUUCGUAAAUUAUCUGAAGUUGUUGAAGAUAUUGAAAGAACAUUACCAAGACAUCAACACCGUCAAGAUGACAAACGUGAUAAAUGUGAUAUAACAGAUGAUGAUGAAACAUUAUCAACUAUGGAUUGGGUUGAUACAACUAGACGUGUUGCAUAUAAUAGUACACAUGUAUCACGAUUUGAUAUUAGUCAAGAUGAAAAUGGACAGACUGUUAUUGCAACAAGUAAGAAGAUUUCAUAA